AAAUUAUGUUAAAACAUAUUACUCAAACAGCAGAUGCGUUUCCGCUCUACGGUAAUUUAUCUUUAAAUUUAGUUACACAAACGUCCGCUACGAGCCUCCACUAUCUUUGACGGAAAAAUGGUACGACCCAAUGACGAGUCAGAAUUUGCCUUAUUUUCAAGUAGUACAACUCAAGAGCAUAUUAGUCACAGUUUUAUUUUAAUACGUAGAUAUAAUUUAGUAACAGUCUCUCUCGAAGGAAGUAACAUAACGUACAAGGUUAAUUAGCUUCGCUAUUUUUUCUAUUUUUUUCAUCGUUCAACCCGAAAAUAUCAAACGCCGUGUUGUUGCCCUUCUCAGUGACACUCAUUGGUUACCGUUGUCACGCGUUUCGAACUUCGAAACUCGAACCCGUUUCGGCCGGACUUCAACUCGCGAGUCGUAACGAGAAAUAAAAACGUGACGCAUAAUCGUUCUCGUGCAUUUUAUGUGAAUCCUGCGCGGUAUAUCUGUGUAAAAACGCACGAAUUUUCACACCCAUGAACCACGCCGUCACGUUUCUCUCAGAAAACGCGCAAAAUCGGUGAGAUCUGAGGUAUUACGUAUGAGGUUAUAUCGCCGAAAACAUGAUCCGGAGCGGCGUGUGGUACAGAGUUAUCACGGUAUUCACGGUGAUGCUAGAAGCCGCCUUAGCUGUCCAACAUUGGCGAGUCACCGAACAUGGAAGGAUUCAGCCGCAGCAUGACAGCGUUUUCGAUAUGCGUCGACCGGACGACCUCAUGGCAUUCAUGGAGCAGGAGAAACGCAGAGAAGCGGCCAAUGCCAUAUACAAAAAGAUCUCAAGGACGGAGGUUUCCAUUGACAAUCAGUUCAUGGGCCUAGGUAUGGCUGAUGUGGAAAGCUCAAAUUCCGACUGCUUCUUGUGGGACAAGUCGAUGCUUGACGUGGAUGUACACGCUAGCAUAGUGCUUGAUCCCGGACUUAGAAAUGGGAUAGACCAAAGUGACCUCAUGUUGUACAACGUAGCGGCUAGUGACAAACAGACUGUUCCAGAUUGCCAAAGCACAUUUUCAUUGGACUUUAGUAUAUACACGUUCGAGCAUCUGAAAGCGAUGCAGAAUCGGAGAAAUCUCACGCAGCACAAAGAGCUCAGAUUGACGAGUUAUUUUCCACCCAGUACUGACCUCGAUCAGUUUGGUCAUCAGCUGGCCUACAGCUUGUCUCGCAACAGAACCUCCUGGAUAUACUUGAACCUGGCGUCGAUUUACUGGCGAAUCAAGGGGAAUGCGUACAAUGCUUUAGAAUGCAGUCGCAGAGCGAUCGUUUGCGCUCCAAGGCAGUACCGCGAUAUCCCAUUACUGACUACCGCCGGCAUUUUACACGCUGCGAAACGUUCCGGGGAGGCGGCCGUUAUUUUACACGCGGCGAUAGAUCACAAUCCGACAGAGAGCUACCAUCAUCUGGCGCUGGGCCACGUUUACGCGUCCCUCGGCGACUUUGAUCGGUCCGUAGCGUGCUACGAUAACUGUCUGAAGCUAUCGCCCGACACGAUGGAGGCCAAGCAGAUGAAAUACACGAUAUUGUGCCAUCGCCUGCUGGAAACGACUCUGCUACUGUUUGAUCAACGCUUGCGGAACGUGCUGUCGGAGAUACACGCGUAUCACGACUGGAAGGAGGAAUGGUUCAAACUCUACGAACGCAUGCUCUGGGAGCAAGACAUCAAGUCUGCCACGCGGGAAAUCAAGCUCGCCUUCGCACGGGAACAAAAUCUGCAGCUGCUCGCGAUAGAUCUCAUGGAGAAGUCGCUGCACAGUAUCGACAACAAUGUCGUCACGUCUUACAUGGACCUGGACGACAGAAAGAAGAUAGCUGAGAGCAUGCUGCAGAACGUGCAUCUUCUGCACUUGCUAAAAAAUCUACAGAAACAAGUGAAGGAGCUCAAUCACGCUAGCCAAGGUAUAAUGCCAGAACUAAACGUGGAGUACAACCAUUUGUUCGCGUCACCAACGAAGAGCCCGAAGUAUCAGAACGUUGAGAUCAAGAGAGGAAAUGGAGCUUUCGAGGCUGAGAAUUGGCCAAAGAUAUCCGAUUGCGACGGGUCUAUGCUGACGUUCGGCGACGGGAAGCAGUACUUGCCUGUUUACCUGUCGCCCGAGAACAAAGGCUACGCAACGCAUUUGUUCGUAAACGAAUUGAUUGAUGUAGAGCCGGGGAAGAAGCAUCCGUUACCGUGGCGUCCGCCGACGUGCCAAACGCCUAAGUCAUAUAACGAUAAGUACAUCACGCGCAUCGUACUGGAUGCGACCGUGCAACAGCACCCGUCGGACGUUUCUCUGAAACCGUUUCUGCAGAAUCUGGCACAAACCGCGGACUUUGCGGAAAUCGGUCAGAGGAUACUAACGGCAACCGAGAGGAAAAUAACGGCUCCUUGGGUCUUGUCCAUGCUCGCGUCUUUAUACUGGCGAGUGGUAGGGAAACCUCGUUUAGCCUUAGAUUGCCUUCAAUUAGCACUGGACGAUGUUCCAUGCGAGUUCAGGGAUGUUCCUUUAGUUAGCAUAGCUUCGAUACACCAUAAAGUCGGCUUGAUCGACGAUGCGUUGAGAAUCGCGGAUGAAGCCCUGCAAACUAACGCAGUUGAGCCAAUGACUAAUUUUUUGUUUGGUAUAUUAUUGAAUGUAAACGGAAAUUACACGGGAGCUAUGCAUUACUUGAAACAAGCAUUAAGGGUGGAUCCGCACUUGUAUGACGGUAGGGCGCUAAUGUUGCUCAAGACAUUGGCGUGUUACGAAAAAUUUAAUGUUAUUACGGGUUAUAAACCAGGCUGUGACAGACAAGGGAUUAAUUUACACAGAUAUUCUAUGAACCUGCCUUCUAUGCUACUUACCAAGUAUAAUUUGCAAGCGAGUGAUAUACUUAUACGCAAACGACAAGUCAAGAAUUUUAAACGCGUUAAAUACACGUCAAUAAAGACAGAAGAAAUAGAGGCGAAUUAUCACAAAGUUGGAUUAUCGGGUGCAUCACACUACGAUAAGGAGGAGCGUAAGAUAAGAAUACUCAUGCGCCAAGAUCUUGUACCUUCAUUGUUACUUCCCAAUAGUGCAACCAAUUUGCAUGAACCGUACAUGGACAAUAUUUUUUAUAUAAAUGAACUAGCCGAGACGGUUCGCAGUAACUUUUAUGCCUCUACAUCGAACUACGUGCUACGAACGUAUUCUGAUUCGACGUUUGGUAAAAUAACUAAUAAUCAGAAAGAAUUGCAUUACCCGAGUAAGGACGAAUGCGACAAGCUGAAAUACAAAGAUUGGGCUGCUUCCCUAUUCGUAUUCGAUAAAUUUCUACGACGAAACAUGACCGUCGAGGACCAGAUUGAAUCACUAGGCGAUGACACCCUGAUUUUGCAGCCCAAGUGCAACAGAGUGCAAGGUAACUCCAAAUUGAGUCCUCUCAUCGAGGUGGAGGAACCGCAGUUGCUGGAGAACAAAGUCGAGCUCGACAUGGUUGAAUGGCUAAUGAUGAUCACCGGAACGCGGAGCGACACUUUGCAGGGACUCGGAACCAAGAUAGCUUUCGCCUUGCAAAAGGUACUUCACCGUUCGCCGCAAUCGCAUCCUCUCAUUUGUUCUUCUCGUUAUAUCAUGUCACAAUUGAUCUUGUCGAAUCAGAACUACUCUUCAUGGACCUUGACGAUUGCUGCUUCAUUUUACUGGCGCGUGAUAGGCGACAGCCGCAAAGCCCUGGACUGCAUGUUGCAAAGCCAGGACUAUAUCCCGAAUGAUAUGAAGGACAUAUUUCUCAUAAAUCUGGCGUCUUUGCUCAACUCGCAAAAUUAUUUUCAGGAUGCUCUUAAGGCAGCUGAGAUGGCGCUCUCGAUCUCUCCGAACUUCGUAGUGAAUCAUUACGUUCUCGCCAAUCUGCACGCCGCUUUGGGCAAUUUCAAGAUUGCGGCGAGUUACUACAAGUCCUCGCUCGAACUCGAUCCAAAUUUUGAGCCAGCCAUCACGAGGUUGCGGGUGAUACAAUGUUUUUUAUUUUUCGAUGAUAAGGUAACUGCGAUGAGUGAGAUACUAUUGAAUAUUUUGUGAGUCCUGGAUCUCCUGUAAAUUUUUGACGCAAUCAAAUUUUGAUGGAUUGUUAAAAGUGCCUUUUAUAUUGCCAACGAGAAAAUGAGGGAGCAUGCAUAUUACUUGGAGAUAAUAAAAAAGCAAUUGCGAAAGACUGUAUUGUACAUGUAUACUGUGAUAUUUUUAUUUAAAAUUUAAGAAAAAAUUAUUGAGGCUGACGACAUGGCAAAUACGUGUUAAAUAUUACAAUUUUAUGGAUUGGAUACUUUUUUACAUCGAACUUUUAAAUCUAGUGUCAGCGUAUAUUUUGAUGUCUAGAUUGACAGCAAAAACCAAAUUGAAAAAACAUUAAUACAUUUUAAAGGAUAUAUUAAUUAUUAUUAAAUACAUUCGCUAUUACCAUUGCGGUGGAGAAUUGUUCACCAGAGACCAAGAUACAUUUUUAAAAUUUUUGUUAUUGAUAAGAUCUUUCUUUAUCUUUAUAAAAAUAAAAUAAAAUGUAAAAAUAUCGUCGUUAUACAUAUGUGACAUUAGUUCCUUACAAACAUGUGUUACAUAUACGUGAUUCCGCAUGGUAUAGCGGAAGUUGAAAUUAUUUAACAAAUAUUUUUUAUCUCCAUCUGAAUGUGAUAAUUUUUCCUGUUUGUCCAUUGAUAGUUAUAUAUUAUGUUACUGUUAUAGUUAUAUUACUGAAAUGUAAACAACAGAAAUAAAUUGAAUAAAAAUGAAUUUUGCAAUGA